ACCUCAUGCACGUCCUCCCUUAGCGAAACACUCAGGGAAGCUGUGUAAAUCUGCAAAGUCAUGCUGGCGCUGCAGCCAUAGCGUUUGGAAAGAGAACGGGAGAGGAUGGAGGAGGGGCCGGCCCAUAUCAAGAUGUCUGCAGGAAAUGCAUUUAUUGGGAAACCAGCCCCUGACUUCAAAGCCACAGCUGUGAUGCCAGAUGGGCAGUUCAAAGACAUCUCCCUCUCUGACUAUAAAGGAAAAUACAUCGUGUUUUUCUUCUAUCCCCUUGACUUCACUUUUGUUUGUCCAACUGAGAUUAUUGCAUUCAGUGACAGGGCUGAUGAAUUUAAGAAACUGAACUGUCAAGUAAUUGGAGCUUCUGUUGAUUCUCACUUCUGUCACCUUGCCUGGGUCAAUACUCCUAAGAAGCAGGGUGGAUUGGGUAACAUGAACAUUCCACUGGUUUCAGAUACAAAACGCACCAUUGCUAAAGAUUACGGAGUAUUAAAAGACGAUGAAGGUAUUGCGUACAGAGGCCUGUUCAUUAUUGAUGAUAAGGGAAUCUUGCGUCAAAUCACCAUCAAUGAUCUCCCUGUUGGCCGCUCAGUUGAUGAAACUCUCAGAUUAGUCCAGGCUUUCCAGUUCACAGAUAAACAUGGAGAAGUUUGCCCAGCUGGUUGGAAACCUGGGAGUGAAACAAUCAAACCUGAUGUUCAGAAAAGCAAAGAAUUCUUCUCCAAGCAGAAGUAAACUUGCUGCCUGUGCUCGACUGCGUUAGACUAGUAUCCUCAGACUGCCUUCUGGAAAAGAACAAGAGCGUCCAGUAUUUUUUGAAUUUUCUG